ACAGCGACGCCAAUCUAUAGUACGUACUUGUACGCCAGGCUAGUACUGUGAUAAAUACCGCGUGGUCUACGAUGGCUGACGAAACAAGAGCGAAGCUCUUGGAACUGAUCAAGGAUCAGGGCGAAGUUGUACGUAAAUUGAAAUCCACCAAGGCAGACAGUACGAAGGGACUACCAGACUUGAUAAAUUUAAAUUCUGAGCUAGCUGAGAUAAAUGGAGAAUUUGCAGACGUCAGCUACGUUUGCGGUUGGUGUCCGACAUCAAAGGACAUCGAGCUUUUUACUGUCUGUAAAAAUUAUCCACAUAGCAAGUUGUCUAACUUACCGCAUUUAAAGAGAUGGUUUGAUCAUAUAACAAGCUAUUCCGAUACCGAACGUCUGGAUUUUCCUUCACUUCAUUUUACUACUUCUUUGGUGGAGAAAGUUGAUCGCUUGACUAACUGCGAUAAUAACGACAGCCUUAAAAACAUUGAUAAAAAGAUAGCAGAUGAGGUAGCCAAACUGUUGGAAUUGAAGGCGCAGUUGGGCGUAGAUAAUGCCGGACCCCAGAAACUUAUCCUUAAAACCCCCAAAGGCACCAGAGACUACAACCCGGAACAGAUGGCAUUGCGGCUGGGAGUUUUGGAGAAAGUAGCUGCAGUAUUCAAGCGCCAUGGAGCUCAGACUAUCGACACUCCUAUAUUUGAAUUAAAGGAAGUGUUGACCGGGAAAUAUGGGGAAGAUGCCAAACUCAUCUAUGAUCUGAAAGAUCAAGGAGGUGAAAUUUUGGCCCUCAGGUAUGAUCUCACCGUUCCAUUUGCGAGAUAUCUAGCAAUGGGCAAAGUGUCGACGAUCAAAAGAUACCACAUCGCCAAAGUCUAUCGCAGAGAUAAUCCAGCUAUGACUAAGGGAAGAUAUAGGGAAUUCUAUCAGUGCGAUUUUGAUAUAGCUGGACAAUAUGACCCAAUGCUUCCAGAUGCUGAAUGUCUUCGAGUAAUAUCCGAGGCUUUGACAUCCUUAGAUUUAGGUCCUUAUAAAAUAAAGUUGAACCACCGUUCUCUGCUUGAUGGUAUAUUUGCAGCAUGUGGAGUGCCGCACGAAAAAUUCCGUGCUAUAUGCUCAGCUGUAGAUAAAUUGGACAAGAGUCCUUGGGACGAAGUGCGGAAAGAAAUGAUUGAAGAAAAGCAAUUAGAUGGAGAUAUUGCUGACAAAAUCGGUAGCUACGUGUCCCAGCAAGGUGGUAAUGAAUUAAUUCAUGAACUGAGAAAAGACCAAAUAUUAAUGAAGCAACCCGCCGCAGUCAACGGUCUCGAAGCGAUGGAACUGUUGCUAAAGUAUUGUGAAAUCUACAAAAUCACUGACAAAAUAGUCUUCGAUUUGAGUUUAGCCAGAGGACUUGACUACUACACAGGUGUUAUUUAUGAAGCAAUCCUAACUGGCGAUGGAGUCGGUGUCGGAAGUGUAGCUGGAGGUGGCCGUUAUGACAACUUGGUUGGUAUGUUUGAUUCGAAGAACAAAGCAGUACCGUGUGUCGGAGUAUCUCUUGGAGUUGAGAGAAUUUUCAGCGUUAUUGAAUCUAAGCUAGCUACUAAAGGAGAAAAAGUCCGCACUACAGAAGUCGAGGUCUACGUUGCUAGUGCACAAAAGAAUCUGCAUGAAGAGCGUAUGCGAAUCAUAUCAGAUCUCUGGGAGGCUGGACUGAAAGCAGAGCAAUCAUAUAAAAAGAGUCCUAAAUUAUUGGCACAAUUGCAACAUUGUGAAGAGAACAGUAUACCCUUGGUUGUGAUACUUGGUGAAAGAGAACUUAUGAAUGGUGAAGUCACGCUGAGGGUAGUCAAAACAAGAGAGGAGAAAUCAGUUCGGCGGGAAAAUCUUGAAAAAGAAAUUAGAAAAUUACUAGGAUAUUAACCCUUGCAGUUAAAAUCUGUUAUUUCACUAAUUUGACAACUAAUGAAUCUAACAGCAAACAAUCCCAACAUUAUUUCUUCAAUUAUCCUGACUGAACUUUACUUCUCACGAUUCUUGACUCAACUAUGUGAAUUAUUGACUCUAAGGGAUUGCUGAAAUCAAUACGAUCGUAACAUAGACUGUUAUACAGGGGAGAAAAAAUCUCCAAUAAUCAGCAAUACACAAACGAUUGUCAUCCGUGACCCCCAGGUUUUUCAUAAUUUUUCUACGAAUUUUAUCGCAGAAUAUUAUUUAUUUUUCUUCAAAACAUCUCGAACACAGAAAAGAUUCACAAUUGUUUCUUCGAAUUAUCUGUUCCAGUCUUUUUCUGCUACAAUUAAUUUCACUUUCGUCACGCCACUCUUAAUGUGAAACCUUCUUUAUCACCGGUGACAGCGUUUCCUAAUCAUGGGGUUGCUCUUAUAUUUGAAAGACAAUAUUUCACACGUAAAAAGCGUAGAUAGUAAUGGCAGCAUUAGAUUCAAAAUGCGUUGUGAGGCAAUAAAUUUAUAGGCCUUGUCACUACUACUGAAUAUUCUGAAUCGGUCUAGGAAGCGCAACAUUUGAUUGUUGCAUGUGUUACCUAGUGUAGAAGGUGCAAAAAAUUGUAGCAGCUGUAAAGAGACCUCAAACGUAACUACUUAAUUCCUCCGACCCAUGUUAUGUACAACCUUACUUUCCUUCUUUCUUAUAUAUUUUCAGCACAUAGUUCAAGCAGAC